UGUUACUAGGCAACAGCGGCGUCAGUCCAACCAGAGGACUUAAAGCAGGGAAACGCGGUUCCGAUGACAACAGCAGUGAUGGACCCGAACCGGGCCCCGGUGGCGUUCGGCCGCCGCGCCGUCCCGCAGCUGUUCGAGCAGCUGCAGGUCCAAGAUCCCGCCCACAAGGUGCGCGCUCUGACGUCACUCUGCGACCUGGUCCACGAGCCGGAGCGGCUGUACCAGACGGUGACUGGAGGUUUCCUGAAGCAGCUGCAGGUUCUGCUGCAGGACGAGGAUGCUGCAGUCAGGAGCAAAACCUGCGAGCUGCUGCAACUGGUCAUGAACCACAGCAUCGGCAGGUCGGCUCUGCUGGCCUCCUCCCUCCUCACUCCGCUCUCCGACCUGAUGGACGACCCGUCGGCCUCCUGCAGGACCAACGCCCACCGGGUGCUGAGCAGCCUGGCUCAGAUGCCUGCAGGCGCUGAGGCUCUGCUCUCUUUGGUCCACAAGCUGAUGCUGAAGUUGUGUCAGUUGGAGGAGUUGCGGCAGGAGAAGCAGGAGGAGGAGCAGGAGCUGCUCCUCUCCACCCUGACCUCCUGCUCCAGGCUGGACCCUCUGCCGGCUCUGGCCUCCGACGGCGUCCGCGUCCUGGGCCAGACGCUCACACACACCUCCCCAAGCAUCCGCAGGGAGGCGGCGGCCGCCCUGAUGGCGCUCAGUGUUCCUGCUGACGGGAAGCAGCAGGUCUGCGAUCAGGGAAUCCUCUCCAAUCUUCUGGUUCUGCUGCAUGACAGGAACCUGGACGUUCAGACCAACGCCGCCGGAGUCAUCAUGAACACCGUCAUCAUCCGCCCAGGUAAAUACCUGUGUCUGGAGCUGGGCGUCAUCCCCGUCCUCCUCGAGCUGCUGUCUGAGGAGGAGGAUGAGGAGCAGAAGAAGAGGAGGAAGACUCUGGUCAUCUACUGCCUGAGGGCCCUGACGGCGCUGUCCGAGGCCCCGGAGGGCCGCGUCAUCCUGAGCACAGCGCUCCCCCUGCUGGAGCGGAGGAGAAACGAGCAGGACGAGGACGUGCGGCGCGCGGCGCGGACCGCCAUCAAGGUGGUCACCUGGAAGCCCUGACCGAACCACCGACCCGGUUCUGCUGGCCCAAAGGCCGGCCUGUUCCACCCGACAGGAAAUAUAGAACUAGAAAACUA